UGCUCCCUGCCCUGGCACGGCUGGGUGCUGCUUGGAAAAGGGAAUCGAGGGCUGUGACCACGGGAUGCUGCUCGGGAGUCCCGGGCACUUGGAGCUGUGGUGAGGGGCUGCAUCCUCCUGCCAGGCCGUGGGAGAUGUGGGAGGACUUGGACCACGGCAGGUCUGGCAUGGUUUAUAAUCGAUGCCAGCCAUUCAGAACCAGACCGUGGUGCUGGGGAAGCUCGUGGAGCCGGGCUGGGGUCGCCGGGGAAGCCUCGUGCUCCGUGGGUGUCCGGACAUUGCCUCGGCUCCGGCUGCCGAGGGCUGCUGGGUUCGGCGCUGCCGCGGCAGACGGUGGCAGAUGCUGGUGGGAUGAUGGGGCAGGAAGGAGCUGCCUGUGGGAUUCACCAGGAGCCGGGCUGGCCGGGAGCACGAGGAACCCCACAUCGCCCAUCCCAUGGUCCCCACGUGCGCCCCAAUCCCCAGAACAUCACAUCCCCGAGAGGAGACGGCGCUCGGUUGGGCUCCGGGUGAACUUCUCCUCAACUUCUUGGAGAGAGAAGCUGCAGGAGCUCCCGGAGAACCAUCUGCUGCUCCGGCUGAGCCAAGGCUGCGUGGGAGCGGGCACGGGGCAGCCAUGGGCAAGCACAGCAGCAAGCUGGCCCCGGAGAUGCUGGAUGACCUGGUGAGGAGCACGGAGUUCAGCGAGCAGGAGCUGAAGCAGUGGUACAAGGGCUUCCUCAAGGACUGCCCCACCGGCAUCCUCAACCUGGAGGAGUUCCAGCAGCUCUACAUCAAGUUUUUCCCCUACGGAGACGCCUCCAAGUUUGCCCAGCACGCUUUCCGCACCUUCGACAAGAACGGGGACGGCACCAUCGACUUCAGGGAGUUCAUCUGUGCCCUGUCUGUCACCUCCAGGGGCACCUUUGAGCAGAAACUCAACUGGGCCUUCGAGAUGUACGACCUGGACGGGGACGGGAAGAUCACGCGCCUGGAGAUGCUGGAGAUCAUUGAGGCCAUUUACAAGAUGGUGGGGACUGUGAUCAUGAUGAGGAUGAACCAGGACGGGCUGACGCCCCAGCAGCGAGUGGACAAGAUCUUCACAAAGAUGGACAAGGACAAGGAUGACCAGAUCUCCCUGGAGGAGUUCAAGGAGGCGGCCAAGAGCGACCCCUCCAUCGUCCUGCUCCUGCAGUGUGACAUGCAGAAAUAGAGCCCUGGCACCCAGGGCUGGACUGGCUGGAGCCAAACUCUGCCCCCUGUGAUGGUUCCAAUCCCUGUUUUCCCCACAUUUGGCCCCAGGCAUGAGGCACAUUCCGCCCCUCCUGCUGCCCCUGCUGGGCAGCCCAUGUUCCACACCCUCCCAGGGCUGCUCCGAGCACCACCAGCCCUCUCCCCCCCUGGAGCUGGACACCCUGCAGCCACUGCUGUGUCCUUCCUGACCAGGGCUGGCUGUUCCCACAUCCCUGUGGCUUUCUCCCCGCUUUCCCCCACCUGAUCCUAACCCAGACCAACUCUGUCCCCUUUCUGAUGUUUUUCCCCCCCACUUCAUGGCUUGUGAUGUCUCCAGGGAGGCUGAAAUGUCCCAAGUCCUGCUCCUGGUCCCCCCUUCACUGGCAAUUCCCUGGAAAGCUGCUCUGAGAGGCCAGGGCAGGGUCUUGCACCAGCUUUAGCUCUUCCACCUCUGUUUUUCCUGCUGGGAGCAGCCAGGGUUGCUCAGGACGCUUUAGCAGAGAACAGAAGUGUCCAAAGCCAGCCCUGGACGUGGCCAGUGUCCCAUCCCAGAAGCCACCUUCCAUCCCAUCAGCUGGGUGACAUCCACAGCUGCCCUGGCUGCUCUGUGGCAUUUCUGACCCGCCCCAAUAUUGAGGUGACCCCAAACUGGAGGCAGGGUCAGGAGUGUGGGUGUGGAAGGCAGCUCCUGCUGCUGCUGCUCCCGGCUGUGGGGACAGCUGGGAGCUGGAUUGGGGCCGUGGGGACGUGUCCUGUACCUGCUGAGCCUCCUGGCAAAGCUCUGAGGCCACAAGAAUCAAAUCUGUCACCUUCCUCCCCGCUCCCAGCCUGCUGCACCCACCCCUCCUGCCCCAGGUUGGUGUUCAGUCUGCACGUUGUGGUGUUGGUGGCUGUGGUGUUUGUUAGGAGAUGGUGAAGUCCUUUCCUAUUUUUUUAAUGGAAAAAUAAACUGUCCCCUGUGUGUGGUGUC